AUGGCAUAUUUUACCUUUUUUCCUUAUUUAUUUAUUUUUUUUUGUUUUUUUUUUGUUUCUCAGCAUUUUAUUAAAGCUUCUGACGUAUUGAAUUUAAAUGAGGUAGCUUUUAAACAAACGAUUCAGAAGCCAGGUAUUUUUCUUGUUGAAUUUUUUGCUCCUUGGUGCGGUCACUGCAAAGCUUUAGCUCCUGAAUAUGAAACUGCUGCUACUUUACUAAAAGAGAAGGGAAUUACAUUGAUUCAGGUUGACUGCACAAUUGAGACACAUCUUUGCGAAGAAUAUGAUAUUUCGGGUUAUCCCACACUUAAGAUCUUUAGAGACGGCAAACAUGAGCCCUAUGAUGGUCCUCGGAAAUCGAGUUCCAUUGUUUCUUUUAUGAUAAAGCAAACAUUACCUCUUAUAACAGAAGUAGAUCGAGAAAAUUUUGAUUUUUUUAAAACUUCAGAUGAAAUUGUGAUUUUAGCAUUUUUGGAUAAGGAAGACAAGGCUAAUGAUAUCUAUACCAAACUUGCUACUACAUAUCGUAAUAAGUAUGUUUUUGGAAUAACAUCAGAUGUCAGUCUUGCUAAGGAGUUCAACUUGUCACUUCCAGGUCUGGCUAUCUUUAAAACUUUUGAUGAUCCUGUUUCUGUUUUUAAAAAGGAUUUUGAGUAUGAUUCUCUUGAAUUAUUUCUUCUUUCAGAAAGUAUUCCUUUAUUUGGAGAACUUGGUCCUGAUACAUAUCAACUUUAUAUUUCCAGCAAAUCUCCUUUAGGCUGUGUUUUUGUAAGUUCUGAUCAAGAGAAAGAAGUAAUGAAAGAUCUUUUUGUUCAUUUUGCAAAAAAAUAUAAGGGAAAGUUGAAUUUUGCUACAAUUGAUGGAAAUUUGUAUGGUGGACAUGCAGAUAAUCUAAAUCUGAAGCAGAAGUGGCCGGCAUUUGCUAUUCAGGAAGUAAAUUCUAAUAAAAAGUUUCCAUUUGAUCAAGAAAAGCUUCUUACGAAAGAAAAUAUUCAGCAAUUCUUAGAGGAUUACUUUUCACAACGACUUGUUCCUUCUAUCAAAUCAGAACCUAUACCGGAAACACAGGAGGGUCCCGUAACAGUUGUAGUUGCAAAAAAUUUUCGAGAAGUUGUAAUUGAAUCUUCUAAGGAUGUUCUUGUUGAGUUUUAUGCUCCAUGGUGUGGACAUUGUAAAAAUCUUGCACCUAAAUAUGAAGAGUUAGCUAAAAUCUUUUCUUCUAACUCGGAAUUAAGCUCUAAAGUGUUAAUAGCUAAAUUUGAUGCUACAGCAAAUGAUGUUGAGGAUAAUUUAGAUAUUAGAGGAUUUCCAACGAUUUUAUUAUUUCCUGCUUAUGAUAAAGGAAAUCCUGUUGAAUAUAAUGGUCCAAGAACGGUGAAUGAUAUGAUUAAUUUUAUUUUUCAAAAAGGAACCCAUAAAGUUGAUGCAUCUAAAAGCGUUGAUGAUAAAAUGGAUGAGAAAUUACGGGAUUCACUGCCUAUCUUUGAUCAUGACGAACUUUAA